AUGGAUUACGCCCUAGAAUUAAUUUUCAUUCUGAAGGCAUUGCGUGUGGUUGUUUUGGUGAUUGGUAUUCUUGGCAAUUGGAAACUAGCUGAAGGAGACAAUGAGCAUGCUAGAAGAAAACUUGUUGAUUAUGUUCCAGGAUUCAUAAGCAUCGAUUGUGGGGCUACCGAAGAUUACUUGGAUGAUGUCUCUGGUAUUUUCUACAAGUCAGAUACAGGUUUUAUAGAUACUGGGACAAAUUCCAACAUAUCCCCCGAGAACUACUAUCCAUAUCCGGAUGAUUCCAAAGUUCGACGUGUGUUCACAUUGGAUCUCGAUCAGCAUGAGGUAUAUACUCUGAGGCUUUUCGAUGCGAUUCAUGUUCCCACGUCAGACAUCAUAUACGUAUGUUUCAUAAACACUGGGUCUGGAAUACCUUUUAUUUCUGCCUUGGAGCUGCGUCCUCUGGACAAGUCCCUUUAUCCGUUUGACUUUGGAGCGUUAAAAUUCGGCUGGCGAUUCGACCUUGGAACCACCACAGGUCAACAACUGCCCAUUAGGUCCUAUCUAUGGUACAAGAGGUACAAGGACGAUGUUUAUGAUCGCUUGUGGUAUACUUAUAGUGAGUUGCCAAACUCAGUUCCAAUCAAUACCUCCUCAGUUAUUGACAUACAAAACAACAAUGAUAGUUAUCAAAUACCAUCAGAAGUAUUGAGAACUGCUGUCCAACCAUCUAGUGCUUACCAUUCCUUAAGUUAUUCUAACAUGAAUCUCACUGCAAAAAUUUAUGUUUGCUUUCACUUUGCUGAAAUUGAAAAACUUACUCAAAGAAAGAAAAGAGAAUUCAUUAUUAAUGUGAAUGGAGGAAGCUAUAUCUCAGAACCUAUAACUCUUGACUAUUUAAAGCCACUGUCCAUAUGUCUCAAUCAAAUAUUCGAACCGCAAUUUAGUUUUGUUAUUAAUGCAACAACGGGGUCUGACCUUCCUCCCAUCCUCAACGCGUUUGAGCUUUACACCGUAAUUCCUCAGUUUGAUCUACACAAGCCAACCAACACAAGAGAUGUCGCUGCUAUCAUGGACAUCAAACAAACAUCAAGGAUCUCUAGAGAAGACUGGCAAGCUGACCCAUGUGUCCCAGUUGAACAAACAUGGAGUGGUUUGAGUUGCAAUUCAUCGGAUGAUACUCCAAUGAUAAUUUCACUGAACUUAAGCUCAAGCCAAUUAACAGGGGAGAUACCGAUUUCACUCUCCAACCUCACAGCACUACUUUACUUGGAUCUAUCAUACAAUAAUUUGACUGGGAACAUACCACAAUUUUUAGCACAAUUGCCAAAUUUGAAGACUCUUAAUUUAAGUGGAAAUAAGCUUGAUGAUUCAGUUCCAGAGGCUCUUAUACAAAAGACUAGGGAUGGAUCAAUGAUCUUGAGUCUUGAGAAAAUGUCGGAUCUUUGUCUCUCGGGUCCAUGUACGAAAAAGGAGAAGAAACAGAAAAAGGAGCUUUUUGUUGUGACAAUUGUUGCAACAUCCGCAGUAGUUUUGGUUCUCCUGUUCUUUUUUUGUGCCCGGACUAUCUAUAAAAGGAAAAGACAAGAUAUGACUACAAAAUCCAACUUCAAAUUGAAGAGUCCGCAAUAUAACUACUCUGAGGUUGUGAGAAUAACUAAUCACUUUAAGACCAUUAUUGGAGAAGGAGGUUUUGGAAAAGUAUAUCUAGGCAUCUUGAAUGAUGAAACUCAAGUUGCUGUUAAGUUGCUUUCUCCAUCAUCAAAGCAAGGUUAUAAGGAAUUUCGAGCAGAGGCACAACUUUUAAUGAUAGUUCAUCAUAGAAACUUAGUCUCUCUUGUUGGGUAUUGUGAUGAGGGUGAAAACAAAGUGCUCAUUUAUGAGUACAUGGCUAAUGGCAACCUACAACAACAUUUAUCAGUGACCAAUAUAAAUGUCUUGAAUUGGAAUCAGAGACUUCAAAUUGCAGUGGAUGUAGCACACGGGUUGGAGUAUCUACAUAAUGGUUGCAAGCCACCUAUAAUCCAUAGAGAUUUGAAGACCUCCAACAUCUUAUUAAAUGAAAACAUGCAAGCAAAGAUAGCUGAUUUUGGGUUGUCUAGGGCUUUUGCAACUGAGAAUGACUCUCAUGUGUCCACUGGUCUAGCUGGUACACUAGGGUAUCUCGAUCCUGAGUAAGUGUGAUGACUUUAUGCAUUUUAUAUACUUUUUAGCCAUAGUUAGAAUAUAUUUAGGCAAGACCCAUUAGUAUUCCGGUGGUCUUACACCAUAAUGCAAUGUGGGGGUUUUAGUGGCACAGGAGCAAAGACCACACCUAUAAGCCCCUUUUUUAUGCAUUAAAAAAAUUAAAAUAUAUUUAGCUUCAGGUGAUGUGUAUGUAAUUUCUAAUAGAUUUAGCAACACAAUAAACCUUAUUAUGUUGAAAUGUUCCACUACUUAUAUCUUUUAUCCUUGAUGCACAAAUUGGCAAAAAAAAUAGGGUUAACUAUACUUUCCCCACUUAAUUAUGAUGCAUUUGUAAUCUCUCCUUAAACUUCAAAAUUGAGUAAUGCCAGUCUUUAUUUUUGGGCGAAAAGUACUUUCCCUCCUUUUU